AUGAAAGAGGUGGUCAAAAAGGAGAUUAUCAAAAGGUUAGAUGCUGGAGUUGUGUACCCGAUUGCAGAUAGGAAAUGGGUUAGCCGGGUGCAAUGUGUUCUGAAGAAGGGUGGCAUCGCAGUGGUGCCCAAUGCAAAGAACGAGCUGAUUCCGACAAGAACAGUUACAGGGUGGAGAGUGUGUAUGGAUUACCGAAAGCUGAACUCUGCAACAUGCAAGGACCAUUUCCAUAUGCCUUUUAUUGAUCCAAUGCUUGAUUGGCUAGCGGGAAGUUCAUAUUAUUGCUUCUUGAAUGGGUAUUCCGGCUGUAACCAGAUAAAUAUUGCCUUAGAGGACAAGGAGAAGACCACAUUCACUUGUCCUCAUGUCACACCUCGAACCAUGGCCUGGGAGUAA